GCCAGACCCCGUACUGGAUAUCGGAAACCCCUGUUAGAUCCUCCCGCCUGUGACGUAGCGCCCAACACUGGGAUGCAAGACGCCGCUGGGAGCUCUGUUGGUUUGCACGGGCAGGUCAGCGAGCUCCCAGAUUGAAGGAUGAGCGGGAUAGAGGUAGCGGACAACCGGACGGAAGGAGUCGAACUCCGCGAUGUGCAGCCCAGGAGGAGACCGGAGGUGGGCAAUGGCGGGGACCCGCCGACACAACAGCAGCCCAACAACAACGUACCCGCCAGGAACGGGCCCACAAACAACAACAGGACAGCCAGGAAAGGAAAGUGUAUCCCUGUCAAAGUACUCCUCUUGGACGACACACUGUCAACGUUUGAGAUACAGACUAAGGCGUGCGGCCAGGAGCUCUUCAAUGCAGUGAAGGACCAUCUGCAGUUGGGAGAGUCUGACUACUUUGGGCUGGAAUACAAUGACCCUGCUGGAAACACUACUUGGCUGGAUCCAAUGAAAAUGAUCCUGAAGCAAGUGAAAGAUCCCAAGAAAGUCAUGUUCCGCUUCUGUGUGAAGUUCUUCAGCCCUGACCCUGGGCAGCUGCAUGAUGAGUUCACCAGGUACCUGUUUGCUAUGCAAGUGCGAAGAGACCUGGCCACUGGUCGGCUGCCUAGCUCUGAUAAUACAGCAGCACUCAUGGCAUCUUACAUUGUACAAGCUGAGGUUGGUGAUUUCACAGCAGAGGAAUACCCUGAGAGUUCGUACAUCACAGAGUUCAAGUUCGUGCCAAACCAGACGCCACAGAUGGAGAAUAAGAUCAUGGAGUUCCACCAGAAACUUGCCGGCCAAACCCCAGCGGACGCCGACAGAAAUUUCCUGGACAUCGCUCGCCGACUGGAGAUGUACGGGAUCAGAUUACACCCGGCACAUGACCACGACGGGGUCAAGAUCAACCUGGCAGUCGCCAACAUGGGUGUCUUGAUCUUCCAGGGUCACACAAAGAUCAAUACCUUCUCCUGGGCCAAGAUUAGGAAACUCAGUUUCAAGAGGAAACGUUUCCUGAUCAAACUGCAUCCUGAAGCCUAUGGAUUGUACAAUGCGACAGUGGAGUUUGUGAUGAGUUCGAGGGACGCCUGUAAGAGUUUCUGGAAGUUGUGUAUCGAGUACCACGCUUUCUUCCGCCUGGAGGUCCGGCCAAAGCCAGUGCCAAAGUCUAUCCUUUUCAGCAGAGGGUCGUCCUUCAGGUUCAGUGGUCGAACACAGAAGCAGUUGAUUGAAGAUAUGAGAGAGGGAGGCUCCCCCAGUAAGAACCCCAAGUUUCAAAGGUCCCACAAACUGCGAGCUUCAACCCAGAGCCUUCAGAUUAUGCCCACACACGAGGUCACCCGGCUGGACACCAACAACAUGCGGGCCAACAGCUUCAGCCACUACGAGACCCAGGACCCCCGAUUCUCGCCCUACAUCAAGCCUCCGGCGGACCAGACAGUCGUCCCGGCAACCCAGCUGGACAAAUCAGGUGACCGCGAUGAGCACGCGGCCAUGCAUGACCUUGUUGGGGAGAUGACGAGCGAGCAUGACGCGAUGCAGGGGCUGGUGCGGCAGAUGAGCAGCGAGCAUGACCAGAUGCAGCACCUUGUGAAGAAAAUCACGGCCCUGCAUGCUGAUUCAGACGAAGUGAUAGACCAGCCCGAUGGGGAGAAAGAGGAGGCGGGGACCCCCGGCUCUGAAGACAGAAUUCCCGAGACUCCGACCAAAGUCCGUAAGAUCGACCCGUCCUCCAUUGGCGACAUUCCGGGAAACGUGAGCGCGGAGAAAUCGCCGAUGCUGAGCCCACUGUCGUCCGUUUCCACGUCCCCCCAACCCUCCGUCAUCAGCCAGGACAGGAGUCCGCUGGUGACGGCACCCUCACAAGAGGAGGAUGAGACAAGAAAGAAGGUACUAAAGAACACCAAGCGGUACCCAGCAGACAAGGCUUACUACAUUGCCAAGGAGCUCUUGUCCACAGAAAGAACGUACCUGAAGGAUCUUGAAGUUAUAGUUGUGUGGUUCAGGAAUGCAGUUAUCCAGGACAUGUCCAUCACAGAGUCCCUGGCACACCUGCUAUUCGACAACUUUGACCCCCUGUACGAGUUCCACAGGGGUUUCCUGAAGGAGAUAGAGCAGAGAAUGGCUCUGUGGGAGGGGAGGUCCAAUGCACACCUGAAAGGGGACUAUCAAAGGAUUGGAGACAUCCUGCUGAAGAACAUGAAGUCACUCAAGUUGUACAUGCAGCACAUUGAGAAACAUGAGGAGAUUCUGCUGGAGAUGGAGAAGGCCACCAGGAGGAACCAGAAGCUGGAGAACGUGUACAAGGAGUUUGAGAUGCAGAAGGUGUGCUACCUGCCACUCAACACCUUCCUGCUGAAGCCAGCACAGAGGCUCCUGCACUACAGACUCAUCCUGGAGAGACUGGUGAAACACUACCCAGUGGAUCACAGGGACUACAAGGACUGCAGAGCUGCAUUGGCUGAGAUCAUGGAAGCUACCAGUAACGUCCAGGACAGCAUGAAUAGACUGGAGAACUUUCAGAAGCUGACUGAGCUGCAGAGAGAUUUAGUGAGCUGUGACAACCUGGUACAACCUGGAAGGGAGUUCAUCAGAGAAGGCUGUCUCCACAAGUUGUCCAGAAAGGGCUUCCAACAGAGGAUGUUUUUCCUGUUUUCGGAUAUGAUCCUGUACACCAGUAAGGGCGUGACGGCUACAAACCAGUUCAAGGUUCAUGGUCAACUGCCUGUACGGGGCAUGGUGGUUGAGGAGAGUGAGAUGGAGCGUGCUGUGGCCAACUGUUUCACCGUCUACAGUACCAACAAGUCUGUGGUGGUGGCAGCAAGUACGACUGAGGAGAAAGACAAGUGGAUGGAGGACAUCAAUGACGUGAUUGUGAACGCAGCGGAGAGAGGACUGGGCUCCCAGGACUCCUCCUUCAGCAGGUCAUCUGACGAGAUGGGUACAGACCGAGAGGACGGACAGGACGAGUCGGAAGAUGACAUUCAUUCCCCGCGGGGAUCGCUGGACCGCACCCACACCCACCACCGUGCCAACACGACCAUGCACGUGUGCUGGCACCGCAACACCAGCGUCAGCAUGGCGGACCAUACCAAGUCUGUGGAGAACCAGCUGAGUGGAUAUCUACUGAGAAAAUUCAAGAACAGCAACGGAUGGCAAAAGCUUUGGGUGGUCUUCACCAACUUCUGUCUGUUUUUCUACAAGACCCAUCAGGAUGACUACCCCCUGGCCAGCCUGCCCCUGCUGGGUUACCAGGUGUCCACCCCUGCAGAAACAGACAACAUCCACAAGGACUACGUCUUCAAGCUCCAGUUCAAGACACACGUGUACUUCUUCCGCGCGGAGAGCGAGUACACCUUUGGCCGGUGGAUGGAGGUGAUCAGCAGUGCGACCUUCUCAGCCAGCAGGACCCGUAUCUUCAGCAGGAAGGAGAGUUAAGCUGGAGAGAAGGGAACCAGCACAUCAUCUCUGUGUCAUGAUCUUCUAAAGAAAACAUCACA